AUGGAAGGAACGACCUGUACUAUCGCUAAUAAUUUCAUGAAAGGCUUUGGCAUAUUGGUCGUGUUUCUCGCCAUGGGCUUGGCAAAACCGGUUAGAGAAUCUGCUUGGGUAACGCCGUGUGGAGGUCCUGCCGCUACCCCACCCCCGGGCCUUCCUGUACCUCCACCGGUUACAGUUGUGGAAGAUAUGCUUCCGAUUUUCGAAGAAUCCAAAACAAAGGCUCUGGCUUUAAAAGAUAAAUAUAAAACGGAGCGAAUUAAUAUGACAAAUGGACAAUUGUCACUAUAUGAGAAUAUGCAUCUCGAUGGUAUGCCGGAAUGCUGUCUCUCUUCGUCAGAAAUAAUGCAGUCACUUUCAGACAUGACGCUUGCUCACCAGUCAAGCUACGAGAAAAUUUCCCGUGACUUGGUAUUUCUCGAACAAAUGUCGUAUGACGAAUACAUGUUUGAGUCGCCAUCGUACAAUGAUGAAUUGAAGAGUCUUUACACUGAUUGCCUAAGCCUUCUUUGUAACCUGCAAAAACUUAUCUUGAAUGCUGAAGCCAACAUCGAAUAUGUUGACAGCUCGAUCAUGUCAGACAGUUUGCGACAACCCGAAAACGCCUUCCAACGUGGCGAAAGAAAUUUUGUAAUUAUUAAGGACGUGCAUCGUACGCUCGAAAACUUGGAGACCCAAUAUAAUGCUAUCAAGAACCAUCUGAGUAAUUAA